AUUGAAUCAUUCGAUCCAAAGCUCUAAAACUUCACGUCCUUUCUCACAUAGUCCAUCCACAUCUCCAACUGCUUCGCAUAAUUAUCGUGUUUCAGAAGAACUCAAAGUUCAAGAAAUCUCUGCUGCCGGAAAAGAAGGCUCUGAAAAGAAACUAGUAACAAAAGUCCAAGAUAAAACCGGAAAAAGGGGCCUGAAAAAAUCUUCAGCUUCGGAAAAGAAAGUCCAAGCAA